AUGGACGCGCCUGGGCGGGCCUUGAAAUACCGCUGCCGGCAGCCUGCGCGCCAGACGCCGCCAUGAUCAUCCCAGUUCGCUGCUUCACCUGCGGGAAGAUCGUCGGCAACAAAUGGGAAGCCUACCUGGGUCUGCUGCAGGCCGAGUACACCGAAGGGGAUGCCCUGGAUGCUCUGGGCCUGAAGCGCUACUGCUGUCGCCGCAUGCUGCUGGCACACGUGGACCUGAUUGAGAAGCUGCUCAACUAUGCCCCCCUGGAGAAGUGACUGCCGGAGCUUCCUGUCCUCCUCUGCUGGCCAUGGGCAGUCUGUCACACUGAGUUCAAACUGAGGUGUUGGGGAGGUGGGCGGGGUGCCUGGCUGUGACCAGGUCCCCUCACCCUGGAAGAAACGGUUCAGUAAAGACCUUUGCAGAGCCACCA